UUGAUACCUCACUAAUUGCUCCUACAUUGUUUCGGAUGUGUUUAAAUCGUUUAAACUUUUGGAUCACUGGCUAUGAAAAAGUGAUACAGUAAUAGAUCUAUACGGGCUAAAGAAUUGUUUUGAGACUGUAUUCUGAAGAAUCGAUAAAACGAUUGAUGUAAAAGAAAAUACAUUUUGACGGGUUAUAAAACGGACUCAUAUCGUUCAAUUUAGCGAACGACUGACAAUAAGUCUGGCUGUAUUUAUCUCAUCUCUCAGGAUGUUUGAAUUGUUUAUAUGAAAUUUCAAAUACAUUUUCUUUGAAAGUCUGAGAGAUAUAUUUUAUCUUUUUUUCUGUGACUUUUGAUACAUUUCUUUAACAAAAAUACAAGAAGUGGAAAUUAUUGGAAUUAUUUACCUGAGGAAUACAUAUAUUAAUUCAAAAGAUGGAAUAGUCACCCACAGUGUUUACGACUACAAGACCAAGGUGUUCCAAUCGUUCGAUUAUUUGGGUAAUCUCACAAACACAUCAUCCUAUCACGUGGACAAAAUGCCUUCCUAUUCCGCUGAAUCCAUCUCGGAACAUUCCUUUGGCGAAAUAGACGCUUCUGGCUAUAACAGCUCAAAUAUAACGUACAUGUCAGAUGGCCCAUUGAUGGAAAAGCUACAGUAUCAACAAUUUUUAAUCCUACUUCCUUCUUUCAUAUACACCGCCGUCUUAAUGAUGGUUGGAAUGCCAGGCAAUUUUAUCGUAAUUAUUGUUUACCUCCUAAAGAUGUCUAAAACAACAUCCAGACAUUUCAUCAUUUCGCUGGCAGCGUGUGAUUUUAUUAAUUGUGCAUUUGGCAUGCCCGUUGAGUUAUCUUUGAUAUGGAAUUUCUACAAUUUCGAUUUACCGGUUUUGUGUAAAAUUUCGCGGUUCACUACAUUUUUCAUGAAUAACACGUCAUCUUGCGUAUUGAUAGCAAUAGCUGUUGAUAGGUUCAGAAGAGUAUGUCUGCCUCUACGACCAAAUAUGACAGUCAAACACUCGAAAAUCAUUUGCAUAACAUUAUCGAUUAUUUCGAUUAUCAGUGCUUUGCCUUCGUUAUACAUUUACGGAACGAAAACCAUUCUCCAGCCGGCGCCUUUGAAUGAUACUGUGUUUGUCUUGAAAACGUGUUAUAUCGAUGACAGUGUUGGAACACAGUUACCGCUUGUUUUCAACUUGUAUAUGUUUAUUGUAAUUAUUUUAAUGAUACUUUGUUUAACUGUGAUGUACGCGCUCGUGGGACGUGUCGUCUGCAGUCGUAAACACUUCUCAGAGGAAAGUUUCCGAAAAGUGAAAUUCGGAACAACAGUCAGUGCCGAUUCAAAAAGCCGGUUUUCAACGCGGUUUUUGAGAUCUUUUUCCGAACACUCGCCAAAACUAUUCCAUACCGGACGUAGACCUGAGCGCAAAAACUCCCCAGUUCCGGAUAUCGCAGAGCCAUUGGCCAUUCGUGAUCGGACUCAUUCGGAUAUUUCCGUCAGACGUCAUGGUGGUAAGGAAAUAAGAGCUGGACGGACCACUAUGAUUCUAUUUAUAGUCACUCUUAUAUUUGUGCUUUCAUUUGUUCCUUACCUUGCUAUUGUGACAAUGCGCUAUAUCAAAAGAGAUCUUACAAAGUCGCUCACACCUGUGCAGUUGACAAUCUACAAUUUGACUCUUAGGUCAUACCUUCUCAACAGCGCUGUUAAUCCAAUCGUGUACUGUUUCUUGAACAGACAGUUCCGUAUGAAAGUGAAUCUAUUUUUCAAAUCAGUAUUCUGCAGGUGCAAGAAAAAAUGAAUGACAUCAUCAUUUGAAUAUCUAUAAAAAUCAAAUGAUUGCAUGACUAGAAUGAAGGAUAUCUUGGAUUUAUCAAGCAAGGUCAAAGAAUGCCAUUCGGCUAUUCGAACUUCGGUGCAUACAUUCACUUGGACAAAAGCCUAUAGUUAAUGGCCUUUUUGACUGUCAGUCGAUAAAGGCAUUACCGUAUAUAACGAAAGCAAAUGCUAUCAAAAAUGUACAAUGACCCGAUGAGC